AUGCAGUGUACACUCACAUAUACACACAGACACACACAUUUCUAUUGCUGCAGAGAUCACUUAGCCCAGGAGAAGAAGACACCGUCGCUGACAGAGUUGAGGCAAAUUCUCUGGAGCAACAGGAAGCCAGUGGCACUUGUCAAUCAAGUCUGGCCAAAUCUGUACAUUGGAGAUGAGUCUGUGGCACGAGACAAAGCCGCGCUCUCGUCUCUGGGUGUAACUCACAUAGUGAAUGCCGCAGCAGGUCGACACCGCAUUAACACGGGUCAGCAGUUCUACAGUGACCUUGAAGUGGAGUACCAUGGUGUUGAAGCCGCAGACCAUCCCGAGUUUGACCUUCGACCUUUCUUCAGCACUGCUGCUCAGUUCAUAGACAGUGCUCUGAAGAAAAAUGGUCAGUGGAAGGUGUUUGUCCACUGUGUAAUGGGCGUCAGUCGCUCUGGAGCACUGGUUUUAGCAUAUUUAAUGAUCUGCCAGGGCCUGUCAUUGGUGGAGGCCAUCCUCGCUGUGCGUCUGACCCGAGACAUUUGCCCCAACUCUGGAUUUCUGGAGCAGCUCAGACAACUGGACCUGAGUCUGAAUCCAAAGAGCGGAGAGAUCACAGAGGAUGACCACAACAAUACAACCAUGUCCUCCUGUGUGGUGAAGUCCAGAGGUAAAAACCCGUACACGGCUGUUCAGGUAGACCCAGACAGUGAUUACAUCACACCAGGAACAUUAGACCUGGAGCAGCUGUUCUGGACUGGCACUGGGGCUCAAUAUGCACACGUCAACCAAGUUUGGCCUGGUGUCUUCAUCGGGGAUGAGAAGACGGCUCUAGAGCGGCCUGGCCUGAGUGAUUUGGGUAUUACACACGUUCUGAAUGCAGCAGAGGGGAAGUGGAACAAUGUGCUGACUGGUGCUGAUUACUACACUGACAUAAACAUCCAGUACUACGGUGUAGAGGCUGAUGACAAACCCACCUUCAACAUGUCCCAGUACUUCUGUCCUGCAGCCAAGUUUAUCCAUGAGGCUCUCAGUCACCAACAAAAUAAGGUGCUGGUUCACUGUGUGAUGGGUCGGAGUAGGUCAGCGACCCUGGUCCUGGCAUACCUGAUGAUGACGCACAAUUUGACUGUGGUGGAUGCUAUUGAGCACGUACGACAGCACCGUUGCGUCCUACCCAAUCACGGCUUCCUCAAACAGCUCAGAGCUCUGGACAUCAGCCUGCAAGAGGAGAAGCUGCAACAAAAAAGACAAAAACAAGACCAAUAA